CAAGCUAUACGGCCGCGCCAAUUCAAAAAUGGUUCGAAUAAACUUUACAGUUGUUCAGCAUCAAUUCAAGUUAAACACGUCAUAUUUCAAGUUGUUCUGGGGCGAUUGCAGAGCUCAAGCGGACGCCACACGUCAAGUGUUCUAUAAUUGGCUCGGGCGACUCUAAUUUCCCCACCUUGAAAAAUCUUCCUGCCAGCCAAUGAUGCAAGGGGCCAGCGAGAACGAGCAACUUAUUGGCGCGGCACGCUCGAAUAAUGAGGCUCUUAUGGAGUCCAUUUUCAAGGAUAAGAAGCCUGAGGGGAUUGCCGAUCUGAUAAACAAUGUGAGAGACCCUGUUGGCAACACAUUACUGCAUUUGGCCGCAGCUAACGGCGCCUACGACGUUAUUGACCUGAUUUUGGACCAGGAGGGUGUUGAGAUUGACCCCAUUAACCGUUUACAGCAAAGCACUCCUUUACACAGUGCUGUGGAGUUUGCGGCGACUGAUAAGGUACUGGGAAGGGCCGUCGUGGAGCUGUUGAUCGAAGCGGGCGCAGACCCCAUGCCCAAGAAUGUCCGCGGUAAACGGGCAAUUGACCUUGCAGCUGGCAACAACGAAAUUAUUCAGUCUCUACGUGGCGCUAUGUAUGCUGCUGAGAUGCAGAGUUCUGUUGGUGGAGCAGACGGUCCGGCAGAUGGUGUUGUCGACGGCGGCGACGAGGAGGGAGACGGUACGCCCAGCGACGAAGGCGAGCCCAUUGUUGAGCCCCAAUGA